GAUGGCUGCUAAGGUUAGAAGGGCAUGGUGACGGACUCACGUGUAUUUGGUUACGGCGUAAUCUGACGGUUAUGUGAGUGGAAUCAUACGCUUGGCUACCUCGUCAUUGUCUAUCUUGGCCUCUUGCUUCACACUGUGGCAUAGAGUUUUGCAUGAUAGCUAUAUGAACGCUCAUACACAAAACAUUUUCUACGCAGCAGACGGUUUAGCAUAGGGCUUAGUGUAACGGACUGAUCACAGGCACAAAGGCAUUGAUUUGGAUACAACUGACUUGAAUGUGACAGGUUCAAAGUACAGGCGGUAACGCUUCCGAUUUUAUUAUUGUGGUGAUUAAGCUAUUGAACACCUCUCUCCAAGGUGCCCACGGCGAACGGCGGAUCGAAUUCUAAUACACACGUUGGUAUGAAACCGGGAGAGCGGCCCAUUGCCAAGGUAGAUAUGGCGAGACGAGGAAGCGAGGCGUCCAUGGAGGGACAACAGACGAGCUACAUGCUGUUUAACAAGCAAAACUAUGGCCUGGAACUACUCACCCGACUUAAUGCUUUCAGGGGCGAGGGUGCCUUCACUGAUGCCAUAUUGUGUGUCGGACAGGAAGAGUUUCCCUGUCAUCGAAAUGUCUUGGCAGUAAGCAGUCCUUAUUUCCGCGCCAUGUUUACAAGUGAUUUGAAAGAAAGUAGGGAGGCAAGGAUCCCAUUCAAUGACGUUUCACCAUGGACUUUGAAGAGGGUCAUUGACUAUGCUUACAGUGGGCGGUUGGAAAUAACAGUAGAAAAUGCUGAAGAGAUGUUGGCAGCUGGUGGUCAUUUCCAGUAUCCAGACAUUGUUGGAGCUUGUUGUGAGUUUUUGCAAAAACAAUUGCAUCAGUCUAACUGUUUAGGAAUAGAAGCCCUCGCUCUUCUUCAUGGAGAGGACUGUAAACAGUUACAAGAACAGUCAAACAAGUUCACUCUGGAAAAUUUCAGUUGUGUUGUAGAAUGUGAUGAAUUCUUGGACCAACCUGUAGAUCGGGUUAUCACCUAUGUUUCAAGUGAUUUGAUAGAUGUGAGAACAGAGGAAACUGUACUAGAUGCUGCCUUGAGGUGGAUCAAAUAUGAUUUGGAUGAAAGACAAGUUCAACUGCCUCAUUUGCUUGAACAUUUACGUUUGCCCGUGUUAGAUAUCAGUACACUACAGUCAAUGGAAAAAGAUCCCCUCAUCAGAGGCAAUGAAAAGUGUUUGGAAAUGGUACAUGAUGCCAUGGAACAACACGAAUCUAUCAUCGACCAACAUGGGCGCCGUAGACGCAGCAUGCAGAAUGCCCAGAUCCACCCAAGACCAUCAACCGUUGCCAAGGAGGUGCUAGUCGUAGUUGGCGGAAUCAACAGCUACAUUACUAAAAGUGUAGAAAUGUAUGACUUACAAAAGAAUAAGUGGAUGCCUCUGCCUGAUUUUCCAAAAGCAAUGUCUUGGUUUUGUGUAGGGGCAGUGAACAACUCUAUCAUUGUUACCGGUGGGAUUCUGGAUGGUCAUAUUGUGCCUCACGUGUGGAAGUUUGAUGUUGUCAAAAGAACGUGGCAUCAAGUUGAGUCCAUGCACAAACCUCGUGCCCACCAUGCGUCAGCUGUGCUAGAUGACUAUCUGUACGUCAUCGGAGGAAUAACUGAUGGCAACAAUGUCCCUGUGGACAUUAUCGAACGCUACGACCCGUACAAGAACUGCUGGACCAAGGUAGGGGAAGCCAACUUUCCAAGACGCGAGUCACAGAUCGUGGCCCACAACAACACACUGGUUGAAGUCGGGGGAUUGCAAGGAGACGCCAGGGUGAAAACAAUGGACAGUUACCUGUGCGCCAAAGAUCUUGUCAAACCUGCAGGGGAGCAAUUUAUUCUACCAGAAAGUAUCCAGUUCUCAGAAAUUGUUUCCUUGCACGGAAUCUUCUACAUCAUAUGGGAAGACUCAAAGAAAGUGAUUGCCCUAAAUCCUCUGAAACGGACAUUCCGGCGCCUGCCCGACAUGCAGCAUUGCCAUCUACAUUGUUCAGCUGUUGUGUUAAAUGAGAAUAUCUAUGUGACAGGAGGACAGGUGGAUGGAAAACCAAGUAACGUUGUCGAGUGCUACGAUCCUGUCGCUAACAAGUGGACUAUCGAAAAAUCAAUGAUCGAGAGCCGUGCUUUCCAUGGAUGUGUAUGCCUACAGAUGUGCUAAUAUUCACACCCGGAUAAUGAUGUCAUAUAUUCUGACCAGGACGACUGUGUGAGAAAAGUGUUAUCUCUGAUGACGUUUGUUUACAUGUGAGGUGUGAUACUUUGUGUGCUUGUGUAAUGGUGCUUUCAAACUCGUAAAAAAAUUGUUGUACAAACUUUUCAUUGGUUGUGAAUGAGGAGUUGAAUACACAGAGAUCAGGGUACAGUAUGUUACAGCUGCUGAAGCUAGAGGUUACUUAGUCUGUUUCAACCUAUGAUUAUGAUUAUCAUAAGGGAUGAUAAAAAGCAGGUAUAAUUGUACUAUCAAUAUAAUAUAACUUGACUCUGGUCAUGCUCAUUCAUGGUCAAUCAUGUCUUCUGUAGGGGUGUCAUUGAUAAAAAAAUUUAGUAUCAGUAUAUCGACCCAAAGUUAUUGCAAUAAUAUAUCAAUACAUCAUUUAAUAAAAAAAAUAGUUAUUCGGUAUGUGUAUAGAUGAAAAUUACCUAUGUAGACCUGCAAUUAAUCAUUAAUAAUCAAAGCCAAAUAUGAACUCGCUUGAUCCAUUACAUGUUUUGACUUGAAUUAAUGUUCUGCCUUUUCAUUGUCCAUCUUAAUCAUGGCAAUCUUUAUAAAAGUAAACAUUUCAUUUGGAGUGAAUUACUUAUUUAGUACUAAUAAUCAUAAAUUUGUAUUGAUAUAGCAUCAACAUUAAAAAUUUACCACCGAUACAUCAAUAUCACGAUGACAUCCUUUGUGUGUUAUUUGGUUUUUCAUAAGCAAUACAUUGAAAAGUAACUUCAGAAAACAAAAACAGUUUGCUUUUGUUACUGUCAUUUCCAAGAGAGGCGUUUUCAUUCAUAUAUGUGUGAGCUCGUUGUGAGGAACACCUGUGUGUAAUUCUUAAGAUAAGCACAAUAUGUUAAGCCUCACUUUGUUAUCUCUACUUUGAAAAAUUUACAUUUCACUUGAGUUGACAUUAAUUCAUACCCUUUUAAUCUGCUCAUCUACAAAAGCUAUGAGUGGCCAGUACUGUUAGGGUAGGAUUUGACACUACCAGGUGCCUGAAUGAAACUGCUCAGUGUUAAACAUAUAUUGACACAUAUAAGUAGGUUUAAGAAAAUACUUUAAUUUGAUAAACAGAAAAUAUUUCCUAGAUGAUUACUGGAAUUUCAUCAUGUUUAUAAAAAGAGUUGUUAAACUUUAAAAUAAGCUUGAAAUACUACAAGAAUAGACUUGAAUUGUGCAGUUAUGAAGAAAAAUAGAAUUUUAUCAAAAUGAUAAGGAAUGGAGAGCAGAGACCAUGCUAAGAGAUUAAGUAACAUUAAAGGAGAUCAUAUUAUUUCUUCAGCUGAUUUUGAUAUUGUUGAUGUUUACUUUGUUGUUAUAGGUCUUCAUCCUUUAGUUAGCCUUCAACCUGUCAGGGACCAACAUCUAGUUAUCUGGAGAGGGGAGACAGGAUAUUUUUGGGGGGUCAAUGAUUUAAAACAUGCAGUUUCUUCUUUGAAAAGAGGAGCCAGACAAUGUUAUGUUUUACCCCCCAUUUAUUUCAGGACAUCCAAGCAAGGGGGUAGAACCAGGGCAAAAAUAUUUUUUCACAAUAUAAUCCGAAACAAACUAUCAUUAUUUUUAAAAAAAACACCCUAACCCCCCUCCCAGGAAUAUGAAAUGGUUUGUCCCGAAGCUCUGUGCUUGAAUCUCUUUUUCAGACCUAUUAUAUAUACUGAGAAUCUCCCUUGUUAUAUUUUCUGAACAUUUUCUGUGCUUUGUAUUCUUGGCCACAACAGUGUAAACUUUCAUAUGAAAAUGUGGGGCGGUCGGGUAACCUAGCAUUCGCUCGUCACACUGAAGACCUGGGUUCAAUUCCCGACAUGGUUACAAUGUGUGAAGCCCAUUUCUGGUGUCCCCCGUCGUGAUAUUGCUGGAAUAUUGCUAAAAGCGGCGUAAAACCAUACUCACUCACUCACUCAUUGAACUGUUUGAAUACAUGCCUUCGUGGCACUGUCUGUCUGUCUAACUGUUGGAUAUAUUAGUUCUUAAAGUUAAAGCAAAGGUUUAUAUCAUCUUUAGCUUUAUUGAAGUAGCAUUUUCGUUUUUAAAAUACACACCAGUUAUCAGAGAUGAAAAAGAUAACUUUACUCAGUAUUUGAAGGUGAGCUUCUGUAUCUGCGGCUUCAAACGUUAGUUCAACUUUGAUCAUACUGAUAUAGAUAGGCAUUGACUUGUAACUGUUUAUGUUGUAGAAAUGUUUAUGUUGGUGAAAAGUGUCAAAGACACUUUACCUGUUUAGGGAAACUAAGAAAUAUGUAAUGGUUAUUAAACAUGUUAAAUGAAAAAAAUGAUUUACGGGUAAUAUAAUUCCAUCUGAAUUAUUCAUAAAAUGAAGAAUUCCAAAUACAUUGAUCUUAACUUUGUUAAGCAGUAUAUGGUAAAUGCAAUUUAUUAACUGUUAAACUUGAUGACACUGACAAUUAUGUGUUAUCUGCUGUUUUUUCUUGAAUAUUCAAUGACAUUAAUGAGAUACAGUGAUGGUUCAUAUUUUAAAAACUUAAGAUUUCAAUUUGUUGACUAUUUCAAUUCAGAGUUCUUAUGAAGUUAUUGUUCAAGGUAGUUGUUGUUGCUGUUAUCAAAGAUUGAAGUACGACAUGUAUUUGAAAUGUACAAAUUGUUCCUUUACCUCUGUUCCUGUGUUUCUCCCGGUACAUCCGUCCCUGUAUAUAGGUCGAUGUUGAACUGUUUAGUGGAAGAAUAGUGGGCCAUGACACACAAAUUCAAUUUAUUUUGAAACGCAUGCUAAGAUAUUUUUUCCCUAAAAAGGCUAGUUGCUUACAUUGAAAUCAAUCAAAUAUAGAUGGGUGACACUUGAUAUGUUGGAUUACUGAAAGAAUGUGAUUUUUAGUUGGUUCAACUUGUUCAGACAUAUGCAACACUCUAAACUAAUGUGUAGGUAAGGGUUAUACUAGAGACUGGAUUUUAUAGUUAGCAGUCAGCAGAGUUGGCUAGUCCGAAGCCAGAGUCUAGUCAAAUUGUAUUCGGUCUAGAAAGCUUAGAUUAAGAUGCCCAUAUAUGGUAAUGUCUCCCCCACCCAAAAUAUGUGGGUUUCCGGUUUCUCGACUGACCCUAAUCCGGCCUUUGACCCUUAGCCUUUUUUCUCGCUUUUCGAGUUGCACCUUGGUUUUAAUCACCAAUGACGGUAUUGUCCAUACUUUAUGCCACAAGCGUAAUUUUGUUGUGCUUCACUAUAGAUAGACUAGUCAUUAUCUUUAUUGGAAAUCAGGCUUUUACAAAAGUACAGCCUAAAAAGAUAAUUUUAAAAGGAGGAAGUAAAAAUCAGUAAAAUAAUCGAACCUACUUGCCCAAAUUUUUGAUAGGCUGAAAUGAUGGAAAUGGGAACACACAUUUGAAAAUGAUUCUGCUAUACACUAUUACAUGCUGGACUCUAUAACUAUACUAUACAAACUAUAAUUACUCAAGUACUAAUCAUUGCAGGUAGGUUAUUUCUUCUGACAAUGAUGCUGCUAUUUCACAACAGAUGAAAUACAAUAUUUAUGACAUCUAACAUUUGUAACAUGAAUAAGAAAUACCAGUAAUGAAUUAUUAUUUUAUAUAUUACUUCGAUAUUAUAUCCUCCUUUUUCUUUUGAAGAGUAUAUGGUUUGCAAUUUCAACUCAUAACCUGCUUGACUUGGACGUCAGUGUUGGCAUUUUUGACAGAUGCAAGUUACAAGAGUUAUCUAAUUGUACUUACAUUUUGUACUUACCCCUGUCAUGAUUGAUAUGGUAUAUAUUGUAUCUUUGAUGUAGUGUGUAUGUAAAAUGCAUUAUAUUUUCAUAAGAGAGAGAUCUACAUCAUAUCUAUGGAUUCAGCUAUUUAUACUUUUUGUAACACUGCAUUUUUUGUUGAUGCCAAAUUUGAUACAGUCAGUUUUUAUUUGUUUGAUUUGGACAUAAAUGUUCAGAAAUGAAAUACGAAAACAAUCAAAAUUGAGCCUUUUGAAUUUCCAUGUAUUGUCCUUUCAAUGAUUGCUGCUUCUAAUUUACUCCAAGAAUUAGAUGCUUUAUUUGUUUGAAACAUAUUUUAUUGCCCAAAAAGACAAAGGGAUUGGGCACAAGUGAUUCACUUUGUGAAGCCUUCUCCCUAUUUCAUGCUUUGGGACCCUGGAAUAUAUUCUCUUGUUGCAGCUUUAAAGGUCAGUGUAGUUUUGAUGGUACUGAAGUAUCUCGGUAUCACUAAAGUGUUGGUGUACAGUGGUAAGAUAUAUUAGCUAUUUUUCAAUGCAAUUUGUUAUGAUGUACAUUGCUUGGGUUGUAAAAUCUUUGAGAUAUGAAAUUAAAACAAUGGAAGUACUUGCAAA